UGGCAAUCAAAUGAUAACCAAUAAUUGAGUCUUUCAAUAAAAUGUAAACAAAAUAAAUAUAAAAACUGUCACACUUUCUUUAAUAUUAGAUUGGUUAUAAAGUGUUUUAAUGUAAUGAAGACAGAACAAUCGUAGACAGACAAUCUUGUUAGUCGACCUUGAGCUCUCAUAUAAUGGGAAAUCAAUAACUAAGGCUCUUAUUUCUAUCAUAUUAGUUGUUAGGAAUAUAAACAGUAUAUUGGAUGACGUUUAUCCCAUUUAUUACCAUUUGGAUCAUUUAAAACUGGUUAAAAGACUGAUUUGACAUGCCAAAUUUAAAUGAACCACAUAGAAAAUUGAAAUCUCUGUAUGCAGGAUACAUAUGUAUCGAAUCUAAACUUGGUAUGAGAACAAUGAAUCAGGCUAUUCAAACUGUACUAAAGAACGUACAUCCAGAUCAAUGGCUUCCAGUAUAUGUUUCAAUAUCUCCAUCAACAGUCAAUUUCUAUUAUCAAAAACAUAUUGUUGUAAAUCUUCGCGUUUGCUCAGUUCCAUUUUUCGGGAUUUACAAUAAAGAUGAAAAAAUUUGUGGUAUUAUACAACAUACAGCUGAUAAUUUAUUUUUAUGUCAUGUUUUAACUUGUCCAACAAAUGCUAUGGAAUUAUGUAAAACACUUAAAGCAGCUUGUGAAUUACGCUAUCAACAAUGUGUGGACUCAAGAAUGUUUAACACUCACAAACCAAGUAAUAACUCAUUAGAUGAAUCAAAAACGAGAUUAGCAGGACAUCCAGAUAUAAAGAAUGACCAAAUUUUACACAUGAAUAUCAUCAGUCAACUGGAAAAAGUAAAGUGUGGAUUAUUUCGAAGAAUCUAUCAACAGAAAAAUUGGGUUAAAUUUAAUUUAUUACCCUAUUCAAGUGAUGUAAGUCUAUCGGAUAAGCUUAAAUUUUACGAUAAAUAUAAUAAAGAAACUACUGACUUUCAUCAUUUAUUAUAAUUUAUAAAACUGUACACCAAUUACUGUUAUUCUUCAAGACGAUGUUAGUAACAUAA